AACAGUUGAGCGUGGAAUAUUUAGUAGCCAGGAAAUGUCACGGAUGGACUUAUUGCCCAGGUGGCCACCUAUCACGGGACCACGCUUGGGAGGGCUUGAUUGUAUACACCUGUGUCCAUGGAGGGGAUUGGAGCACCUGAAUCACAUGAUAGGGAGGGGAUUGGAGCACCUGAAUCACAUGAUAGGGAGGGGAUUGGAGCACCUGAAUUACAUGAUAUGGAGGGGAUUGGAACACCUGAAUCACAUGAUAUGGAGGGGACUGGAACGCCUGAAUCACGCGAUUAUGGAGGGGACUGGAACGCCUGAAUCACGCGAUUAUGGAGGGGACUGGAACGCCUGAAUCACGCGAUUAUGGAGGGGACUGGAACGCCUGAAUCACGCGAUUAUGGAGGGGACUGGAACGCCUGAAUCACGCGAUUAUGGAGGGGACUGGAACGCCUGAAUCACGCGAUUAUGGAGGGGACUGGAACGCCUGAAUCACGCGAUUAUGGAGGGGACUGGAACGCCUGAAUCACGCGAUUAUGGAGGGGACUGGAACGCCUGAAUCACGCGAUUAUGGAGGGGACUGGAACGCCUGAAUCACGCGAUUAUGGAGGGGACUGGAACGCCUGAAUCACGCGAUUAUGGAGGGGA